ACACACACAACGUCGAAUCGCGAGCAGCAUUCAGCAGCGUCGUGGACAGAUUAUAACACACGGAGCAUACAGAAUAAGCAUAAUAUCCGUAGCUCUCUCUAGAUCAGUCAGUCUGUGUAUUGCUGUACGUAGACACGCACACACACACACAUACUUGUAGCGACGAAUUUGCGCGAGAGUGUGCAGUGCGAGCGAGCAAUUGCAAGUCCCCUGCGAGAGUCGAGUUGAAAACUCGUGUGGCCCGAAAAACACUGCAGAAGUCUUGUGCGAGCUAAGGCAUCGAGACUCCAAAAGUCCAAGUAUCAUCGUUUGAAAAAAGCACCAGAUUAAAAACUCAAAAUGACGUUGCCCAAGAUGUCCAAUGAGGAGAGGGAGGCUAAGUUUGGAUAUGUCUAUGCUGUUUCUGGACCUGUCGUUACGGCAGAGAAAAUGUCUGGAUCAGCUAUGUACGAGUUGGUGCGUGUAGGCUAUGAUGAGCUUGUAGGAGAAAUCAUUCGUCUCGAAGGAGACAUGGCUACCAUUCAGGUUUAUGAAGAAACCAGCGGUGUUACUGUUGGAGACCCUGUCUUACGUACUGGUAAACCCUUGUCAGUAGAACUUGGACCUGGUAUUCUUGGCAGUAUUUUUGAUGGUAUCCAACGUCCAUUGAAAGACAUCAAUGAACUUACACAAUCCAUUUACAUCCCUAAAGGUGUUAAUACACCAUCUCUUUCUCGCACACACCAAUGGGAUUUCAACCCAAUGAAUAUUAAAAUUGGCAGUCAUAUCACUGGUGGAGAUAUUUAUGGUCUUGUCCAUGAAAAUACCUUGGUAAAACAUAAAAUGAUGUUGCCACCCAAAAAUAAGGGUACCGUUGUUUAUGUUGCUCCUGCUGGAAACUACACCGUUGAAGACGUCAUUCUGGAAACAGAAUUCGACGGAGAGAGGACCAAAUACACUAUGCUCCAAGUGUGGCCUGUACGUCAACCAAGACCAGUCACAGAGAAAUUGCCGGCCAAUCACCCUCUGCUAACUGGACAGCGUGUUUUGGACUCCCUGUUCCCCUGCGUACAAGGUGGUACCACCGCCAUUCCCGGAGCUUUCGGUUGCGGCAAGACCGUCAUCUCGCAAGCUCUGUCCAAGUACUCCAACUCGGACGUCAUCAUCUACGUCGGUUGCGGUGAGCGUGGUAACGAGAUGUCCGAGGUACUUCGUGACUUCCCCGAGCUGACCAUCGAACUCGACGGCGUGACCGAGUCCAUCAUGAAGCGUACCGCUCUGGUCGCCAAUACAUCCAACAUGCCUGUCGCUGCUCGUGAGGCUUCCAUCUAUACCGGAAUCACCCUGUCCGAGUAUUUCAGAGACAUGGGUUACAACGUGUCCAUGAUGGCUGACUCGACGUCUCGUUGGGCCGAAGCUCUUCGAGAAAUCUCUGGUCGUCUGGCUGAGAUGCCUGCCGAUUCCGGUUACCCAGCCUAUCUCGGUGCUCGUCUUGCCAGUUUCUACGAGCGUGCCGGACGCGUCAAGUGUCUGGGUAAUCCAGACCGCGAGGGCUCGGUCAGUAUUGUCGGCGCCGUAUCCCCACCCGGUGGUGACUUCUCUGAUCCCGUGACCAGCGCCACCCUCGGUAUUGUCCAAGUGUUCUGGGGUCUCGACAAGAAGCUCGCCCAGCGCAAGCACUUCCCGUCCAUCAACUGGCUCAUCUCUUAUAGCAAAUACCUCCGUGCUCUGGACGAUUUCUAUGACAAGAACUUUCAAGAGUUCGUGCCUCUGCGUACCAAAGUCAAGGAGAUCCUCCAGGAGGAAGAAGAUCUUUCCGAAAUUGUGCAAUUGGUCGGUAAAGCGUCGCUCGCCGAGACGGACAAGAUUACUCUUGAGGUUGCCAAGCUUCUUAAGGACGAUUUCUUACAGCAAAACAGUUACUCUCCUUACGAUCGCUUCUGCCCAUUCUACAAAACCGUCGGUAUGUUGAGAAACAUGAUUGCUUUCUACGACAUGUCCCGACAUGCCGUUGAGUCGACAGCCCAGUCUGAUAACAAAAUCACAUGGAACGUCAUCCGAGAUAGCAUGGGAACGAUUCUAUAUCAGCUCAGCUCUAUGAAAUUCAAGGACCCUGUGAAAGACGGCGAAGCUAAGAUUAGACAAGACUUCGACCAAUUACAUGAAGAUAUUCAGCAAGCUUUUAGAAAUCUAGAAGAUUAAAUUUUUGCAAUAUGUGUGAAAUGUGCAAGAUGUGUUCAAGUGUAUGCGUGUAUGUAUGUAUUAAUGCAGGGCUGGAGAGUCUGUCAAUUUAUUGAAUGAACUUUCCAAAAAUAGUUGUUAUAGUAUCGUAUCGAUUACUUUAUUUAAAGAUUUUAUUUAUAUUUUUCUUUUAAAAGAAACAAUAAUUUCCUAAAAGGAACGAUGAAAUGUAAGCAAAAAAUAUAUCUCAUGUUUGAAAGAAAUCGUCACUUGAACUACAUUUGUAUUUUAAAAUCCAGUAUUUGAAAUACUUUUGUAUUUCUUAGAGUAUUUUACCCCAUAGAAGCGUAACAAGAAUCUAUACUUGAAUAUGUAUUUCAUUACAUGUGUUUUAUGUACAAAUGUAUUUGUAUUUUAAUUUUUUUGAAAAUUUCCUCAGCCCUGUAAGUAUGAAUAUUCAAAUUAUUUCGCCAGGGCUAAGCCUAAUGGUUUAAAUUAUGUUAAAACUACAGAUAUAGAUUAAAUUACUGUUAAAUACAUAAGAUAUCGUAAUAGUUAUUGCUACAAUGAAAUGAAAACCGUAGAUACUGACCUUCACAGUAUGAAAUGGUAAUCCAAUUAAAAACUCAAUGAAAACAUAAAGAAAAAUACAUUUUUGGAGUUUCAAUGAAUUGAUAUGAAAAACAUGCCGCUACUACGAAUUGUUGCACGGAAUCACGAGUUAAAAAUUACACGCAAACUUUCUCUUAUAUUGUAUGAUUUCUGAGUUUUCACAUAUUGUCCUAAUUGAAGUAAAUUAUGAAGCUGUGCUUCCAAUGAGGUGAAUAAUGCCGUGUAUAAGAUAUCAGAACUAUCCAAAAAAAAUAAGCAAUGAACAAUAAUCACUUGGUAGGAAUUGUUCAGGUUGAUAUGGUCUAAUGUAGAGAUUAAAAGCGUCCGCAAGAGAAAGUACGUAGAUUCCAGUCUGGCUUUAGAGAGAAUAUUUUUCAACGAAAGCUAUAACGAUCGGUUCCAGUUUUCGUUUUUUUUUCAUAGUUUAAGAUGCCAUAAUAUAUAUUUUCAGAGGUAAUCAAUUUUCCAAUACAAAACUGUUGCACAGAGUAUAAUCAAGCUUUCUAGAUUAUAAUGUAGUUUGUCUCCUUCGAACGUUUUGAAAGAUUAUACCUAUAUUACUUCUUGUCCCGCAGACACACGCAUAUCGAUACUUAUCAAUGUUAAUCGAUCUCGUUAAGGUUGAUUUCAUGUUUCACACGAUGUUCCAAUUGAAUACCUUUGUUAUUUUUUGUAAAAAUUCUAACAUAAUCUCAAAUUUGUAUAUAUAAAAAAAAUCAUAUUGCCAUAGAGUAUCGUCCACCCGAAAAUAACUAUUAGGACAAUAAACGAAGAACGAGACGGUACCCGUAUGGUGUUUAACUUGGUCAAUGUGAAAUCAGUUUUAUCCUUCUUCAUACAUUCUAAAUACGACGGAUCUAAAAAGCUGCAGCUCGAAUUUCUGCAGUCUUCGAUAUUAUGUCAAUGUUUCCCUGAACAAAGAAUAUAUGCAAUUUUUCAAUGGCGUAAAAUUCACCAACUCGAAAUCAUACCUAUUGUUGAAAAUCGUCUCAUUUAUAAAGGGCUCAAUCGAUUUUCAAGUGUCCAAUAAGUGCACACAUAUUAUUAUCAAUGAAAGUUAUUUAAUGGGCCUUCAACGUUUAUGCGCACUGUUCUGAUACGUUUGUCACACGAUACGUUGGUGCGAAGUAUUAUAGUUAUUGUUUGCUGUAUGUCAUGCAUAUUAAAGAAAGUAUGAUUAACAUGGAAAAAUGUAUAACAGAAAUUAUACCAAGAUCGUUGAUGAAAUAUGAUAUUAUGUUUAAUAUUAAACUAUAAUGUUGGUGAAUUGUGCGAAAAAAUGGAAAUAUAUUAAUAAGGACAGACCGAAAAGCUUUGCUGUGAUGAAAACACAAGAAAAAUUUCAUGAAAGUACAACAUCAGAAAGAAUAUAGGACUUCGCUCUAGCUGUCCAGUUUCAGCAGCUUCAAUAUCGUUUCCAUUGUAUAAUAUGUAAAAAAAAUCAAUAAAAUGCUAUGCACAAUA